CCCGUUUUCCCAACCUACCCGAAAAGAACAUACCCAAUUCCGCAAAUAGGAAAAGAAGGGUUUUUGAAGUGCUAAAAACCCCGAGACCUCUCAGAGGUGAUCGGCGAGUUCAAUGGCGGCUAAGUCCCACCAGCAUAGCGACAAGACCAAAAAGAGGAAGCAAGUUCCUGGUGCUAAUGCCGAAGCACCGGACCGCUCCACCUAUUCCAAGAAGCCUAAGCUCGUCUCCCAGAGACUGUCAGGUCCCAAGGGCUCCAACAAACCGUUCAAACCACUAAAAUCGAAGUUCAUGAAAACGGAAACCGGGGAGGAGAAGAAGGCUCCGAUGUCGAAGCGAGAGCGUCGCCUCCACGCCAAGGAGCUGGCAGAGGCUAGGAAGAAGAAGAGGAAACGAUAUUACGCUCUUGAGAAUGAGCUUGCAUCUCUGUGGGAAAAGAUGAGGUGCCACGAUAUUGCGAAAGAAGACAGAUCCAAGUUCGUGACUGAAGCUCUACAACAGAUGAAGGGCAAGAUUCCUGAAAUCGCUGGGUCCCAUAUUUCUUCUCGUGUUCUGCAGACUUCUGUUAAGUACUGUUCACAAUCUGAAAGGGAUGCGGUGUUUGAAGAGCUUCAACCACAUUUUCUUAAUCUUGUGUGCAACACCUAUGCGGUUCAUCUGGUGAAGAAAAUGUUAGACAAUGCCUCCAAAAAACAGCUUUCAGGGUUUAUCUCCUCCCUCCAUGGGCGUGUGGCUUCUCUUCUUCGCCACAUGGUUGGAUCAGUUGUUGUUCAACAUGCAUACGAGUUAGCAAAUGCAGCACAAAAGCAGGAAUUACUGAUUGAAUUGUAUUCUACAGAGCUUCAAUUGUUUAAGGACCUGGUCUCAAUGAAAGAGCGCAGGUUAGUGGAUGUAAUCUCAAAGCUGGGCCUACAGAAAUCUUCAGUCCUACGACACAUGACUUCAGUGAUUCAACCAAUUCUAGAGAAGGGAAUAGUUGACCACUCUAUCAUACACAGGAUGUUAAUUGAGUACUUCAGCAUAGCUGAUCAGUCCUCUGCCGCAGAUGUAAUCCAACAGUUGUCAGGUGCACUCCUUGUUCGAAUGAUUCAUACCAAGGAUGGAUCCAGGAUUGGGAUGCUGUGUGUCAAGCAUGGAAGUGCAAAGGAAAGAAAGAAAAUUAUCAAAGGAAUGAAAGACCACAUAAGCAAGGUUGCUCACGAUCAGUGUGGGAGUUUGGUGCUUGUCUGCAUUUUAUCUAUAGUUGAUGAUACAAAGCUAAUAACGAAGGUUGUGAUUCGUGAGCUUCAAAAGAUUUUAAAGGAGCUUGUUUUUGAUAAGAAUGGAAGGCGUCUGUUAUUGCAGCUACUUCAUCCAGACUGUUCACGCUAUUUCAGUCCUGAUGAUCUUAAUUCUCUCAAUUUAUCAAUUCCUUCUCUCAGUGCCAAGAGUGAGUCAGGAGCAAAUUCUGAAGCAAAAUCCUCAAUGGUUGUAGAAUCUAGUGACGAGGAGGCCAAGCACGAGACUGAAGUGACUGUUGCCGAGGGCAAUACAAGUGCUUCUGGUGAUGAUCUUCACCUUGUUGAGGGAGGAAAAAAAGAUCCUUUCUUAAGAAGGCAAGAACUGUUGGUCAAUAGUGGUCUUGCCGAGGGUCUAAUUGAUCUAUGUAUUGAGAGUGCAGGAGAACUACUUAGAUCAAAUUUUGGCAAAGAAGUCUUAUAUGAGGUUGCAACCGGAGGUUCUGGUGGCAUUCUCCGCCCAACUUUGGACGACAAGUUGAAUGCCCUUCAUGAAGCAAUAGCAUCUCUUGCAGCAACGGCAUCAGGAGAAUCAGAAGAGGAGCACGUUCUAAACAAUUUCCAUUCCUCACGGACAAUUAGAAAACUCAUCUUGGACUGCCCCACAUUUGCUCGUACUUUAUGGAAGAAAGCUCUGAAAGGGAAGAGUGAGUUGUGGGCCCAAGGUCACAGUUGUAAGGUAAUUUGUGCAUUCUUGGAAUCCUCUGAUUCUAAAGUACGUGAAUUGGCAAAAAAAGAGCUGCAGCCUUUGAUAGAUGGUGGCAUUAUCAAAAUCCCUGGGACCAAGCAGGCAGUCAGCAAAUGAGGCUUAAUACCAGUCAUGGUGGACGAACAGUGUUUAAUCAAGGGAGUUGAAAUGAGAUCCGGCGCAUUGCUGCCCGAUUCACAUUCGUAUGCAAGUCGAGUCAUCUAGGGAUUUAAUGUAAUUUAAAGCGUACCUAGAAGAACUCUUUGGAUUGACAGUCUUUAAAGGCAAAAAAUGAAAUUUUGUAUGGAGUGUCUCCUGUCAUAUAAUAAGGAUGAAAAGAUUUUGAAGUAUAAAAAACAGCAAAAUUCCUCUA